AAUUUGGGAAAGUAAAUAUAUUAAUGAUCCUAUAAAAUAUCAAACAAGGUCUAUAGCAGUUCAGUAUGGAUGUACUAAAUAUUUUUCUGAAGAUUUAAUUUGGAAAACUACUGGUGCGCGAAUAGGUACAAUCCCGAUUAAACUCACAGAAAUAAUAGAUAUGAUCAAAAUAGAUACAAAACAUAAUAUUGAACAAGAAUUAAAAUUAUUAAAACAAGAAUUCGAUUCAUUCAAGAAAUCGAUCGAGGAGCAAAAAAAGAUUGAUACUUUGGUAACAGAAAUUUGCACGAUGCUAAGCAUAGAUUCAGAUAAUAAUUUAUUAAAGAUAUACAAUACUUUAGUAUCGGAUAGCAAUACAAACUUAACAGACCAAAAGGAAAUCAUCAAAUUGAUAUGUGGUGUACUUGAUAUAAAAUACCUAGAAAAUAACGAUUAUAUUUUUAAAAAUUUAGGUAUUCGUAUUACAGUACAUGAACCACGUGAUGUUGGCACUACCAAUAGAACUACUCAAGGAGUCUGUAAAGAUUAUCCUUUUGGCAAAACAAUUCGAUUCUAUGUACAUGAUGGGAAAGAAGCUGGCUUUUCAACUACAGAUUUUCCUAUAGAAUUAAGAAAUCAACUUCAAAUUACUGAAGAUUAUAUAACCAAUAAAAUUAAUGAAUUACAAGAAAAAAUUGACAAUUUAAAUUUAUUACGAAAAGAAUUUGAAUUGAUCAAAGAACAAGAGAAAAUUAAUAUUUUA